UAAAACAUUUCAUGGCUGGUCUUUAGCAGUAUGAUCAAAAUGUUUAUUUCCAUCAAACAAAUAAAACACCAGCUCUUGUUCAAGAAAAUACUCAAAAGCAACAGUUAAGAUUUUGAAGUGUGGUUCUCUGGUGGGGUUUUACUAUUUGGAGUAAAGCAAAGCCAUCUGGUCAAAAUCUGUUAUGCCUCAGACUCAACUAUCAGCCACCAGGUCCAGCUACCAGGCACUACCAUUAGCUAUCAGGCCCAGCUACCAAGCAUACCAUCAGCUACCAUGCCCUGCUACCAGGCUCCAUCAGCUCUCAAGCUCAGCCCAGGCUCCAUCAAUAGCCAYGACGCCCACAUWCCAGGCCCAGCUACUGUAUCAGGCUCCACUAUCAGCUAUCAGACACAACCACCAAGCCCAGACCAGGCUCCACCAUCAUCUACCAGGCCAUGCCACCAGGCUCUACCAUCAGCCACCAGGUCCAGCUACCAGGCACUACCAUCAACUAUCAGGCCCAAACACCAGCUUCUAUCAUCAUCUAUCAGGCCCAAACACCAGGCUCUGCCAUCAGCUAUCAGGUCCAGCUACCAUGCACUACCAUUAGCUACCAGGCCCUACUACCAGGCUCCAAUGUCAGCUAUCAGGCCCAGCCCAGCUCCAUCAAUAGCCACGACGCCCACAUACCAGGCCCAGCUAUCAGGCUCCACUAUCAGCCAUCAGACCCAACCACCAAGCCCAGACAAGGCUCCACCAUCAUCUACCAAGCCAUGCCACCAGGCUCUGCCAUCAGCCACCAGGUCCAGCUACCAGGCACUACCAUCAGCUAUCAGGCCCAGCUACCAAGCACUACCACCAGCUAUCAGGCCCAAACACCAGGCUCUACCAUCAGCUAUCAGGCCCAGCCCAGGCUCCAUCAAGAGCCACAAGGCCCACAUACCGGGCCCAGCUAUCAGGCUCCACUAUCAGCUAUCAGACCCAACCACCAAGCCCAGACCAGGCUCUACCAUCAUCUACCAGGCCAUGCCACCAGGCUCUACCAUCAGCUACCAGGCUCUCAUCUCAAUCUCAUCUAAAUUAAACCAUUUCUCCAAAGUGAAGUAAUUCAAAGAGCUAUCUGUAAAAAUUGUUUUAAUUGUUUAUAACCUUACCACAGAACCCCAUCACAAAACCUUUUCUUCCACCAAAUUACAGGGUUAGUCAAAAGUGUCAGGACACCUUUUAUUUCAGAAAUAAAAGGGAAAACGA